CGGACGCUGCGGCGGCGGCUGCCGGCGUGGAGGGAUCGCGGGCGGGCGCGGCGGCGAGCGGGCCGGGCCGGCCGAGGGAGCGCGGCGGCGGCCGCCCGGGGCCCAGCGCAGGUAGGCUCCACGGCGGCCCGGUCCCGCCUGGGGCAGGCACCUGCUGCCCGCCGUCGGGGCCCGGCGCAGCGUGUCGCAGCCCUGCCACUUGCUCGCAGCCGAUGUCGGAGCUCAGCGAUGAAGCCAGUGAGCCAGAACUCUUGAACUGCAGCCUGUCCAUGUGGCACGGCCUGGGUGCGCAGGUCAGCCGGGAGGAGUGGGCCGUGCCCCUGGACCUUCACACAGCUGCUUCCAUCGGCCAGUAUGAAGUCGUGAAGGAGUGUGCGCAGCGGAGAGAGUUAGAUUUGAAUAAGAAGAACAGUGGUGGCUGGACGCCGCUGAUGUACGCCUCCUACAUUGGACACGAUACCAUUGUGCACCUGCUGCUCGAGGCGGGGGUGAGUGUGAACGUGCCGACCCCAGAAGGGCAGACCCCCUUGAUGCUGGCCUCCAGCUGUGGCAACGAGAGCAUCGCCUACUUUCUCCUCCAGCAAGGUGCUGAGCUAGAAAUGAAGGACAUUCAAGGCUGGACUGCUCUCUUCCACUGCACCAGUGCUGGGCACCAGCAGAUGGUCAAGUUUCUUUUGGACAGCGGAGCGAAUGCCAACGUGAGGGAGCCGGUCUGUGGACUCACCCCCUUGAUGGAAGCCGCUGCCGCCGGCCAUGAAGUAAUAGUGCAGUACCUGCUGAAUCAUGGAGCCCAGGUGGACAGCAGAGACCACAGCGGGGCCACAGCCCAGAUGCUGGCCAGGCAGUGCGGGCACAUGAAGAUCGUGGGGCUGAUAGACGCUCACUCGCCCUCUCUGCCCAGGAGCCUCUACCGGAGCCCAGAAAAAUACGAAGAGCUGAGCUCUUCAGAUGAAUCCUGCCCUGGUCCCCAGAGACAGAGGCCCUGCCGGAAGAAGGGCCUCAGCAUCCAUGAGGGGCCGCGAGCCUUGGCCAGGAUCACAGCUCUCGGACUCAGAGGCAGGAGACGGCAGCCUCGCUGCGAGCAGGCGCCUCCCCAGGGCUAUGUCACCUUCAACAGCAGUGAUGAGAACCCCCUGGAAGGGGGGGGCCUCUGCUACAGGGACGUCACCUCCCCCAUCAAUGACCGGGACGUGGAGAGCAGCAGCUGCAGCAGCCGGGAAGAGCAGGGCUUCUGUGCCGACCUCGAGGCCGUGCGGAGCAGCAGCAGCGAGGGCCCGACGAGAGCCCCGGGGGUCAGCAGCGAGGCCUCUUUGGAGAGCAACGAGGAUUCGGAUCACACUCAUAAAAGCUCAGUUCGCAAGCAAACUAAAAGUUAUGUGAAGACCAAGAAUCGUUACAGCAACAGUGACAGCCAGUGGCCUCCCAGCACCGGGACUUCUGGGGCAGCCCGUUCCCCAGGAUCCAUCCCCCAGACCAGGAGCUCCCCCUACUCAGGACCCCAGGACCUCGCCGCGCUGCUCGAGCAGAUCGGGUGUCUCAAGUACCUGCAGGUGUUCGAGGAGCAGGAUGUGGACCUCCGCAUCUUUCUGACCCUCACUGAGAGCGACCUGAAGGAGAUCGGCAUCACGUUGUUUGGGCCCAAGAGGAAGAUGACGUCCGCCAUCGCCCGAUGGCACAGCAGCGCGCGCCCCCCCAGCGACGCCCUGGAGCUGGCCUAUGCCGACCGGCUUGAGGCUGAGAUGCAGGAGCUCGCCAUUCAGCUGCACCAACGCUGUGAGGAGGUGGAGGCCAUGCGCGGCCGGGUGUCACAGGAGCAGGAGCUGCGCGCUGUGGUGGAGGGCUGCCUCCUGGAGCAGGACGGUGCCCGCAAGGACGUCCACACCCAGCUGCAGGAGACCCGGGGCCUCGCCCGGGACGCUGCUCUCGCCCUGGACCAGCUGCGAGCCUGUCAAGCUGAGCUCUCGGCCCGACUGAAGCAAGACGAGUUCCCCCAUGGGGCCACUCUGGGCCCAGCCUCCCCAGCAGCUGCCCCCAAAGCCUGGCAGGCCUCUCUGCAGACCCUGAGCCUCCGUGAGCUUUCACAAGCACUGGAGGAUCGAGUCCAUGAGAUGGGGCGAGUGCUAUGCUCAGUGACCCAGAGCCUGGAGAAGCUGCAAGUGCUCCACGGGAAAGAGAACUGGCGGGAGCCUUAGCCAGGAGGGAUGGUGAGUACCUGCCAACCCAGGAGCCUGCCAGCCAGCUGAGCCAGUGCCCACCUCAGCCCUCUCUCUCUCGUCAGACUCUGACGUCGGGUGAUAGAUCCACCCUGAAGCUGUGUGCCCAGAGAACAGGAGGGUGGAGAGAGACGGCAGCAGCAGGCCAGGUCCCAGCGGGGCCAGAGGAUUGGCCCCAGGAGCAGCCGCGGACAGGACAGGACUUGGCCAGUGUGAGGGCAGCGAGGCCCACACGGAGGCAGGACGAGGGCCUCUCACCCAGAACCUGGCAGGGCCUCGGGGAGAGAGCCAGUCACCACACUGAGAUUUGCCCUGCUGGGUGAGGACUGGGGCGCCCGGGCAGCGUAUGUCAUUUGCUGGAAAAUAAAACUUAAGGUCAGCUGG